AUGUCGACCGCAUUACGUACACGGGCUAAAACAUUUUCCUCCUCGUCUCUCUCUCCGUCUCUCUCUCUCUCUCCGUCUCUCUCUCUCUCCGUCUCUCUCUCUCUCUCCGUCUCUCUCUUUUCCUUUUCUUGCAUAACAGUAUUUCUUUAUUCUCUUCCUUCAACGUCUAUUUUUCUUUAUCGUUUCCUUCUCUUUUUCCCGUUGCAGCUUCUCUCCUAUUUUAUCUACACUUUCUUUUUCUCUCACAUUUUUCACUCCGACUCUCUGACUCACUGUCUCUUUCUUACUAUCUCUUACCUCUCCCUCUCUCUCCCCUCCUACUUCUACUUUCUUUUUCCUCUCCCACCUCUCUUCAUCACUUCCAUUCUUAUUCUCAAUAAGCUUCUAUCGUUUCGUACCAAAUAUUGUUCUCUUUUCUUGUUUUCUUUUUUUCUCCCUUAUCUACUUCUCCUUUUCUUUCUUCUUUUUUCUUCUUUUUUUUGA